ACCGGCGGUGCUGUCAUGUCUUUGUUGCCUCGGUAGCAGCUCCUAUGUCGUGAAUAGAGGAGCGGAAUAGAUGGGAAACAAAUAGUUAACUGUACAGAAGAUACUCAUUUAAGCCGGUUCCACAACAGUCAAACCACCCAUAAGAUGGAGGAAAAGCUGAAUGGAUCAUUCCCUGUUGUCUCUCCGGAGUAUCUUCAUCAGUGGGUUCAGUCUGCACAGCAGUUUCAAGCUCUCCAGAACCAAUAUUCAGGCUUCAACCCCAAUCAUCACUAUCCUUACCCAGAGGGGGAGGCGGAGGAGGCAGCCGGGGCACACAUGGCUAAUCCAGAACCCAUGAUGGAUCAGCAGGAGCUUGCCAACCUGGCUAAACCCCCGGCCAAAAAAAGAGGCAGACCAGCUCAACCCAAGGAACCCAAGGCACCCAAACCACCAAAAGUCCCCAAGGCACCUAAGCCACCUAAGCCACCUAAAGACCCAAAUGCACCUAAAGCCAAACCAGGUCCUAAACCCAAGAAGGCCGCUGAUGCUCAGACCGACGGGAAACAAGAGAAGAUAGAUGAGAGCUUCAAGAAAGUGAGGAGGAAAGUCGACCGCUUUAAGGGGAUGUCAGAGGAGGAAGUCAUGAAAAAGACUCUGCCUGACCUGCUAGAUUACAACCUGGACUAUGUCAUUAUUGGUAUCAAUCCAGGACUGAUGGCAGCUUUCAUAGGACGGUGGUUUCCAGGUCCUGGAAAUCAUUUCUGGAAGUGCCUGUUUCUGUCCGGAUUUACGGAGGAGCAGCUAAACCACAUGCAUGACACCACCUUGCCCGUCAAGUACAAAAUGGGCUUCACCAACAUGGUUGAAAGGGCGACACCAGGAAGUAAAGACCUCUCAACUAAGGAGUUUCGUGAAGGAGGCAAAAUCCUCACAGAGAAACUAAAGAAAUUCAAGCCUCUCAUUGCUGUCUUCAAUGGAAAAUGCAUCUAUGAAAUGUUCUGCAGAGAGCUGUUUGGUAAGAAACCAACAAAGCUUGAAUUUGGUCUGCAGCCGCACAAGAUCCCCGACUGUGAUGUGGCGCUGUACCUGAUGCCCUCCUCCAGCGCUCGGUGUGCUCAGUUCCCUCGUGCUCAGGACAAAGUCCACUUCUACAUCAAACUGAGGGAGCUCAGAGAUAAGCUGAAGGGCGAGCAAAGAAGUGCAGAGAUCCAGGAGGUCGAGUACUCGUUCAACCUGCAGCUGGCUAAAGAGGACGCCAAGAGGAUGGCGAUAAAGGAGGAGACGUAUGAUCCCGGUUAUGAAGACGCCUACGGGGGAGCGUAUGCAGAGAAAGGUGCUGAAGGGGCACCAGCUCCAGGACAGACCAACGGGCACUGUACAUUCUCAUCUGGAGAAAACAGAGAAGGAGCACAGGAGGCGAGCACAUCACAAUUAGCAGAGGGUCAGCUCCCAGACGGACAGUGGAUGACCCAGUCCUUUGCAGACCAGAUCCCAGACAUCAGCGGAGGACAAAAGGAGGCCGGUGUAUGAGGAAGAAGACUGCGCUGACAAGCAGUGACCUGUCAGGUUUUAGGCUUUUUUCCUUUUUCGUUAGUGUAGACGGACUUCUUAGAGAUUUUGCAGAAUCUUCUUUCUGCACUUUUUAUUUGUUUUAUGGUCUCGUGAACAUGUAUGAUCACCUUGACGGCAGUCUUUGUUAAAAAAAAAAAUCAGGGACUUGACAAUGACGAUGCUGGACUGUCCUCGGAGGUCAUGUAUUUAAACCUUUGUACUGUAACAUACUGCACUGUGAUGCAGUAAGUGUAAACAUUCAUGCCUACUGCUGCGACAGUAGAUACAACCACAGAUGGUUAUUUUAAACGCUCACACAGGUCCAAGUGAGCCUCGACGAUCCUCUGUGUGAAGGGAGGGUUUAGCAUUAAUCCGUUGAUAUUUUCUUUUUAUGGUGCUAUGAACUGGCCACAAUGCAACGACGUGAUCACUGGAUGAAAACCGGACUCAUCAUGCAUGUCAAGAGAAAUCUCUGGCAAACCUUUUUAAAAUGUUACAAAACUCUUAACAGGUUUUAUUUGACUUUUUAUUUUAUCACUCUAGGAAGUUUAGGAUAAUGUUUUGUAUGUUUUAAAAUGUCAUUCUUAAGGAAUUUUAUGAAAAUAAUGUCCAUUAAAAUACCCUGAUGAUGUUUUUCUUAUA